AAGUGAUUUUGACAGUUCAUCAGAUUUCAGCUAAUCUCUUAUUUUAUUACGACAGUUUCCAGCCUUUAUAAUUUGUGAAAUUAAAAGUGUUAAAUACUUGUAGAAAGAAUAAAAUAAAUAAUGGCAUAUGAUCUUAAGAAGGAAUCAGACGUUAAGGAGUACAUAGAGAAAUUGGGCAUCGAAUACCGUUUCGGUUGCUAUUCGGAAAAGAAACCAGAGGUCUGUCAUCUUUUGGGCGAUUAUUUGGAGGGAGUCAAAAAAGAUUUCGAAAAGGCGGCUAAAGUAUAUAAAUCCACAUGUGACGAUUACGGUUACGCCAAGUCCUGUUUCAAAUUUGGUAAUUACAGUUUCUUGGGUAAAGGUAAAAGUGGCAGUAAAGGUGAUCCACGUAGUGCUUACACAUACUACGAGAAAGGUUGUCAACUUAACGAUGCUGAUGCUUGUUUACAUUCAGGAUUACUACUGGUAUCACGCGCCAUGCACAAAGAAAUUGACCGAAAUGUACCAAAGGGCAUUGAAUACCUAUCGAAGAGUUGCGACAUGAAUAAUGCCACCGCCUGUUUCUACCUCUCCGGUAUGCAUAUAUCCGGCGUACAAAAGAAACCGGAAACAACAACACAAUCAAACCCAGCGGAUACCAAAAAAGUAAUACCAAAAGACACCGAUUUUAUAUUACAGAAAGAUAUGAAAAAAGCCUUUGAAUUUGCAUAUAAAGCAUGUGAAUUGCGAAACAUGUACGCAUGCGCGAAUCUAAGUCAAAUGUAUGCGCGUGGUGAUGGUAUUGAUAAAAAUGAAAAAGAAGCAGAGAAAUAUAAGAAAAUGGCAUUAGAUAUGCAGGAUGAAGUGAAGAAACAACAGCAAACAUUAGAGUUCCAGCAAGGCAUUAAAAUGCCAAACUGAACUGGAUGGAAGUGUGGAGUAGGUAAAGUUAAGCGCUGCGAUGAAUUGUAACAAUUUCAAGCGCCAGCUAGGUAAAAACAAAAUAUAUAAACUGACGCAUGCGGCGGCAAUAGUAAACCAUAAAUAUUGUUUUUAUUACUAGUAUAAAAUUUAUUAUUUUUACGUUUAAGAGCUUUAGAUAUGGUUUAUUCAAACUACAUUUACAUUGUUUUAAUCGAAAGCAUGAUUAAGAGCUAUUUGAGAAAAAUGAAAUUUAAAGAAAAUUUACUAAUUUAUACUUAAAUUUUUCUUUGAUAUCUUUAUUGUAUAAGCUUUUUUUGUGGGAGAUUUUGUUUCAAAAAUAUGAACUAACUGAUAGAAAGCUUUUUUUUAAAUUAAAAGCAUGCAUGAAAAGAAACCGAUAUCUUGUUGGUAUCAUAUAUUAUGAGUUAUCUUUGCAAUUUCUAUACUUAUAUAGAUUUUUAACAAAUGUAAAAGUACUUGGUAUUAAGUUAAACGAAAAUAAAAUCGAAAUUUAGAAAC